UUACCAAGUACGCAGAAAGAAUUUGGAUUCUGUGGUCUGCAAGCCAAAAGCAAUUUAGCAAUUUUGUUUUCUCAUCUCCUAGCCCCAGAGGUUCCAUAACAAAAUCUAAUGGUUCGAGGAGCGAUCAUCCUUUUCAGACGUUGGAUAACUAUUUAAUGGACAAAACAGUCAUUGAUAGUGGCAAAAUUGUCCGUAAAGCUUUUUGCCUGUUUAAGAUGUUCAUACCUCUCUUUUCAGACCUCAGACUAAGGAUUUAUCGAGAAUUAAGCGACAUCUGGCUGUCCCCCUUCCAAGAUGCGGAAGAAGCCUUCAUGCUGGUCCACAUUGAGCUAGGGUUCUUGUAUGAUGUACUCUACACCAAGGCUGCUAUAUUGCAAUCAAUAGUGGGCAGAAUCCUCCGUAGCAUCUGCUACUUGUCCACUUUUGUAGCUCUGGUUGCCUUUUCUAUCGCAGUUGAUAAGAGUGGCUAUCCAGGAGAGGACAUUUUGAUAACUUAUGUGUUGCUUGGUGGAGCAAUCCUUCUUGAUAUUCUCUCUGCCACUUCGAUUGCUUUCUCUUCUUGGGCAAUACUCUGGUUAACUAGUCCGAGGAGAUUGCUGAGUAAGUGUGCAUAUCAAAGAAUUGUUUCCUGGCUAGUUCAUAGGAAAUUAAAGAAGAGAGGAACGGUGUCCGUGGCACAACAUAGCCUGAUAGGUUAUUGCCUCAAGGUGAAGACAUCCAAGUGGACUGCAAUUUUGAGAAUGCUUGACACUGAAGAGAUUUUUCAGAAAUUUUUGGGGACUUCUUGGGAACAAGUGAAUGGGGACUUGAAGAAAUUCAUCUACAAGCAUCUUCAAGAGAAGUUCAAGCAAUAUCAAAAUCUUAAAGACAAAAUUGAUGAUAAGCAGGUAUUUAACCAUGACAAGCUCUUAAGUAUAUUAAGGGAGAGAGGGGAUCGUGCGCUUCAAAACUAUGAAAUUGAUGAGGAGUACUUCGAAAGGAGCAUUCAUGAUGUAGAAUUCAGCCACAGCGUUCUUGCGUGGCAUAUCGCAACGUUUAUUCUUUUUUAUGAUGAUCAUAAAACAUAUUCUGGUAGUGUUCUGGGUUCAUAUUGCCAAAUUAGCAAGCUGUUGUCAGAAUAUAUGAUGUAUCUCCUCCAGGUGUGGCCUCUCAUGCUUCCUAAAGGAAUUGGUCUGGUGAGGAUCAAAGAUACUCGAGAGGAGGUGGUAAGAUAUUUCGGCAAACGGUCGUCAUCAAUGAGUAACAAUGACGCUGCUAGCGCUCUGCUUCCCACUGGCAACGAAUUUCUAUUAUUUUCAACUCGAGGCAAGUCUGUCUUGCAAGAUGGUCGUAAGCUGGCAUCUAUGUUGAAGGCAUUGGUGACGGAGUCGAGAUGGGAUCUUGAAAAGAAAUGGGAGGUGAUUGCAAAUGUGUGGAUGGAAAUGCUGACAUUUGCUGCAGGCAGGUGUGGAUGGAGAGAGCAUAAUAUACAUCUCAAGAGUGGCAGUGAGCUUCUUACCCACGUAGCGCUUCUUAUGGCACAUCUUGGCCUGACUGAACACAUUCGAAUUGUGACAGCAAGUGCUGAUGAUCUCCUGCUGGAAUCAACUGCUAAUCAGGUGCAACCUAGUUCUGAAAUGCCUCCAAUUGGUCAGACUUUGAUGUGGGAUUGGGAUCAACUUUCUCAUUUGGCUUAUUACAUGGCAUAGAAUCAUCUUUUCAGAAGACUCAAUAGCUUAGUGAGGGCCCGUUUUUUAUUACCUUGAAAGUUUUUACGCUCUGUUUUUUUUUUUUUUUUUUUAAGCCCGUCUAAGUGUUAUUUUAUAUAAGUGUUGUCUGAACACGCAAAUAAUCGCACUAUGAAAUU